AUGGGCGCCUAUCUCUAUGGGUGCCUAUCUCUAUGGGCGCGUAUCUCUAAAGGUGCAUAUCUCUAUGGGCGCCUAUCUCUAUGGGCGCCUAUCUCUAGGGGCACCUAUCUCUAUGAUCGCCUAUCUCUAGGGGCGCCUAUCUAUAGGGGCGCCUAUCUCUAUGGGCGCCUAUCUCUAUGGGCGACUUUCUCUAUGGGUGCCAAUCUCUAUGGGCGCCUAUCUCUAGGGGCGCGUAUCUGUAUGGGCGUCUAUCUCUAUGGGCGCCUAUCUCUAGGGGCGCCUGUCUCUAUGGGCGCCUAUUCCUAG